AUGGCAACAUUGAAGAGUCUAGCUGAGCAGAUCGAUUAUGAAGAAGCUCUAUUGAGUGGGGAUGGUUCAUCUAGCGGCGAGCCCAGAUUGUCGCGACAUUCCUCCAAAGAAAUGAGCUCAAGCAGCAGUGGUACUGACGCCGGGGGCUCCGGAGCAAGCCGUUCAGCAGAUGAGGUGAAUCGAAUUCUCAGGGAUCAAGUGAAGCGACUGCGUGGCCAAUUGCAACGCUUCUGUCUGCGGGUGCAGCGUCGUCGUGCCGCCUGCGAGGUGGCCCGCGAUUACGAGAGGGUCAGGGAUGUCUGGCAUUUGAAGAUGGUGGCAAUACGAAGUCGGCUGGAAGCACUGACGGCCACCGAAGACAGUGUCCAACUGGAUCCCCUCGGCCUUGCGCGCGAGCCACAGUCGUUGCCAGACAAAAGGAGGCAAUUGAAGCGACAGGGAACACACAUGAAACAUGAGGGACGGAUUUUUGCUGAUAAAUCGGCGAGUACCUUGCUCUCAGUAGAUGGACGUGCUGAGCAUACAAGUUUGCAGCCGAGCGAUGAAGUCUCCGAAACAUCGCCGGGUGAGAUGUUGCAAAAGAGGUGGGACGAGGAGGAGAAUGAAGAAGUGGGAGAGCAAGAAGUAGAAGAAAAAGAAGAAAAAGAAGAAAAAGAAGCCAUGGUGGAGACGGGCUCAGACCAGGCCGAGAUGGAAGCUGGGUCUCUGACGGCUGGACAAUUGCAUCAGGCGGAGUGCAACGUUCUGGAGAUGGAGUUGCAAGAAAUGCGCAAGUGCAUUGCUGAAUGGCGAUCUUGUGAGGCGGAGAAUGGCAGGAACACGACAAACAUGCCACCAGAGCGCUCGACCGCGAUUGAGGGUGGGCUGAGCCCGAAGGAGUUGGACACUGUUGCGGUAUCUUCGGGCGUCCUAUUCGUCACCGGCUCUUCGGGUGGCCUCGAAGAGGCGGCCGUCUCCGGCUUACACGCCGAGCCGUUCAGCUUCCUCGUGGACACUGCUCGUCUGUCUGCCGAUUGCGACAAACUGCUCGCUUCCUUGAAGACUCAUCUGCUCAGGGUCAACUCGAUUUGCGACAAUUGGCGUCGGCUCGUCAAGGCUCAGGCCAAGUUGGUGGAGCAGACGAACCUGCUGGACGAGACGACGCAUCGAGCCAUCGCCAGCGUCGCCAGCCUCGCCAGUCCCCGCACCGGUCGACGCAGUCUGCACACACAAUUGGCCCAUCUCGCCGGCCAACUGGUCGACUGGCAGGCCUGGCUACGCGUCAGCUGGCGGCCGGCCGGACUCGUCUUCGCCGACGUCGACGCCGACGUCAAUGCCGACGCUGAGGCCGGAGAGCCGGCGCUGGGCAACGCCGAGGCCGGUCGCAGUGACGCCGAGCAAUUGGUCAUUCGAUUCGACCAGUUGCGUGGCGUUGCUGGCCGUUUCGUCUUGACGGCUCCGGCCAGAGGGCCGGCCGUCGACGCGUUGGUCGCCGACGCGGCGCAUCAUUUGAUCCGAGUCGCCGGACGCCUCGGCGAGUUGGGCAGACGAGCCGAGGCAGCGGCGCAUGGCCUGGCCGAGCGAGAACAGGCGCUGAAGCGCUGUCUCGAGACGCUGGACGAGGUGGAACGCGCCGCCGGCCUUGUGUCGUUCCACGACCUCGACGGCAUUGACGACCAGCAGAAAAUGAAGAAGAAGAAGAAGAAGAAAAAGAACGGAGAGGAGGAGGACGAGAAGGAGGAAGAGGAGGAUGAGGAGAAGGAGAAGGAGAAGAGUGGGAUUUCGAGGGGCGAAGUGAGGGUGCCAGAGCGGCUGGAGGUGGAACGGCUGGCUGAGGUGGACAGUUUCGAGGAGGCGAAACGCCGCCUCGGGCGGAUCGUCUCCGCCGAGAGUCGGCUCGAGGCCGCCCAACAGACCGUCCUCUCGGGCCUGCAUCAGGCAAGCCUGCUCGCCGUUGCUAGGCAUCGUGAACUCUGUUUUGAGGCCGAGCUGGUGCGGGACGACGAGUCGGAGACGGGUUCACCUCGCGACGGCUUGCACGACGAA